AUGGAUGCACCCGAUCGCAAGAGGCUAAAGUCGACAUAUAAGCCAGUACAGGAUCUUGCACCGCUGCCGCCUGGCUGGACCGAACAUACAGCGCCGACAGGUCACAAAUACUACUACAACGCAGCGACAAAGGCCUCGACAUACACACGUCCUGCUGCUGCUCCACAAGCCCCGACUCCUCCUCAGGCUCAGACUGCCUUUUCUCCUCCGCCAACUACUUUCCCAUCCGCUUAUCCUCCCGCUGCUCAGUACAAUUCAAACUCUCAAUUCGCUCCCAAUCCUGCUGCAUACAACCCAUACCCAACGAAUCCUCAACACAAUGCCUAUCUGUCGUACGGCCAGCCUCCGUUCAACUCUGCUGCUCCUUCCCAUGAACCAAGACGCCGUCCACAACCUCAAGACCGACCGAAGCGCAAAGAGGUUAUUCCUAAUUGCAAACCAUGGCUCGUUGUCUAUACCAAACUUGGCCGGCGCUUUGUUCACAACCCGGAGACUAACGAGAGUUUCUGGAAGUUCCCCGACGAUGUUAUGAAAGCUGUCGUUGAAUUCGACCGCUUGAAGCUGGACGAGAAGCUUAACAACCCCGAUGAGGCUAGUGGUGCGAACAAGGCUCCUGUGGGUGAACGUAUAUCCAGGAAAGAUCCUGAGAAACCAUCCGAGAAGCCAGAGGAACCCCCAAAAGAGCAGGAACCAACAAAGCCACAAGAAGAUGCCGCUGGAUCAGACUCGGAGUAUGAAGAAAUCGAGGUCACAGACGAUGAGGGCGAGGAAGGUGGCGUACCACGUCAACGCGAAGAGGAAGCAGAAGCCGAAGAUGGACCGCUCGAGUUCGACGAAGACGACAUUGCCUACCAACUCGCCGCAAUGGAAGAUUCAUACGGCCUCGAUCGCGGUGAAUUCGGUGGUGGAGGUGAAGACGAGUACGAAGAAGGCAUGGAAGGUAUUCCUUUGACCGACGAAGAUGGCGCAGCAUUGUUUUGCGACAUGCUCGAAGACCAGCACAUUUCUCCCUACAUACCCUGGGAAACUCUCAUCUCCGACGGCCGCAUUAUAGACGAUAGUAGGUAUACCGCUCUACCCACAACGAAACGCAGAAAGGAGGUCUGGGGUGAUUGGACUCGUGCGAAGAUUGCCCAGCUCCGCGAGCAAAAGGCCAAACAAGAGAAACUCGAUCCGCGCAUCCCCUACCUGGCUCUUCUCUCCGAAAAAGCGACACCAAAACUCUACUGGCCAGAAUUCCGCAGGAAAUACAAGAAAGAAGACGCAAUGCGUGAUGCAAAGCUCAGUGACAAGGAUAGAGAAAAGCUUUAUCGCGAGCACAUUACUCGUCUGAAGCUAUCUUCUUCGCAAUUGAAGUCGGACUUGAUUUCUCUGCUGAAGUCCUUGCCUCUGAAGCACCUGAACAAAGACACCAGACUUGAAAGUCUACCGAAAGAUCUUCUGACUGAUGUUCGCUUCAUCUCCUUACCUCCUAAGGCUCGCGACGAUUUGCUCGAAGCUCACAUCUCAACAUUGGCUCCUGCGCCUGACGAGGAAGAAGCCGCAACUGAGGAAGAAAGGACAGAGCAAGAGAAGCGGGCCAAUGAGAGGAGGAGGAGAGAACAAGCAUUGAGGGAGAGAGAACAGAAGGUCGAGGAAGAAAAGCGAAAGAGGGAGAGAGAACUAGCCUUCGGACGUGGUAGACUAGGAGAGGCUGAAAGGGAGUUGGAGAUGGCCAUGAAGGUCGGGAGGAGCGGACUCAGAGCGCAGAUCGACGAGGCCAAAGAGAACGAGGGCGAGCAGUGAAGCAGAUACUCAUUUGGCCUUUGAAUACGAUCAACAAUCUCGGUCUUCAUCUUCAUAUCAUCGUCAAUGUAUCGAUAAAUACCCUGUCAACAUGCAACAAUGCAUCGUGCUUUCGAAAAAAGUCUGGCGACCAAGUCGAGCUUGUUGAUGGUAUCACCCGGACGCUCACAAUCACUACCACUCUGUGACUGCUCUGCACAGCCUUGAAGACCCAGACUUGGUUGGACAAGACCUAGGUAGCCUUGAAAUAAUCCC